GUGUUUCUCUUUUGUAACUGUUCGGUUCGUUGCAAGCAGUGGAAGCUUGAGUGUCACUAGGGCAAACACACUUCCUUUGCUGGCCCGUAUAAAGAUGAUCUGGAUCCAUCUGUAGCCUAUUUUUGCAGCAGACUCAAACGCGAUGCCGCACCAGUGGCUUCUCGUACUGGUUGCUCUUUUCGGCGCGGUCCGCAGUGUGUCAGAGAGCGCACGGGCCCGCAACCACAGAUACUCCAACGACAGCACUGCAGUGGAAAUUCUGAGCCCUCGAGGUCCAGCUACAUAUCUAAAUACCAAAAAAAAUGUGAGUGACGAGUCACAGCUUGACGAUGUGCUUUACAUCAUCAAUAGAGCUUCUCAAGGGGCAAACCAUACUCAUUUGGCGGUGAACUUAAAAAAGACGGUGAAUGUGACAGGCAAUGGUGCCGCUGCUGCUGAGCAGAGGCUUUUCGGGCACCCGCACCACCCGAACAACUGUCCUAAUCACCCUUUUCCACCCAGUGGGCCAUAUCUGCCUGCACCGCCGCCACCGCCAUCGGUCGUGCCGUGCGGAGGAACGUUUCUGUCGCCAACCUCUGUGCUGGUGAGCCCAAACCACCCUGGGCCUUACCCGCCCAACUCAAAGUGCUUGUACAAAGUGAAAGUUCCAUUGCUCGCACCCGCAUGUCUGAGGGUUUCUAUAGCUCACCUAGCCAUUCGGUGGACUCCGAAUUGCGUCCAGGACUGGAUCAAAAUUGGUGAGGAACAGCCCCGCCUCUGCGGAGGCCUUGCUGGCGAAAAAUUCUUCCGCGUCGAGGGAGGCUUCUUUCCCGUAUACUUCCGUUCCGGAAGCUUGGCCGGCCCUCCCCAAUCAGGCUUCAAAAUUAUCAUUUCGAGGGUGUCCUGCCAGUCGCUGAUCCCGGCUCGUCCGCCUCCCGGGCCGCCGAGACCUCCGGCCCCUUUAUUGCCACCGCCGGUGCACAAACCCAACCCCUACCGGUGGCGCUGGCUGUGGCUGCUCAAGUGCGAGUGGGGCGGCAUCAAGACGCUGCCCCCGGGCCACUGCCCGCCCCCGGUUCCCCCUCACGGUCACCAGCCCCCACGUCUGCCACCUCCGCUGUCCCCGCCGUGGGACACGAGCAAGAGCGAGCCUCCGGCGCCCUCGAUGCCUGGCCCACUCUGCAACCGGGUCACUUCCGCCGCCGAGUUCGUCACCGUCAGUUCCGAGUGGCUGCCGUCGGUGCGGGAAAUCGGCAAGCACUGGAGCUGCAGACUCUCAGUCUACAAGGCGCACCCGGACGCGUGCGAGCUGCAGCUGAACCUCGAGAGUCUCAAACUGGACUGCCGGCAGGAGUGGGUCGAGGUCGACGGCCAACGCAUUUGCGGAGAGCAGCCCUUGAGACAGUUGACUGUUGAUUUCCGAGGACCAGAGGCGAGGAUCGACUAUCGCAACAUGGGCAGCAAACUUCCCGGCACUUUUCUCGUCCGCGGCCAGCAGAGUUUCGAGUGCCGUUCUCUCGAUCUGGGAGUAAUCCCGGUGAAAAAAUUAGCAACAGCCGCGCCACCCAGCCCAGCAGGCUCAGGUAAUUACGUUUCACACCCCAUCACGCAGAAUCAACAGUGGCGGAACGAGAAGAAGUGAGACAGAGAGGAAACCGCACCGCACGCUCGGCGCCUGGAGGGAGAACACGCGUUUACGCUUCUACCAGACAAAAAGGAACAACAUUUGUGAUGGCAAAAUAUUAAAUUUUAUUUUGUGUUUUCUAUACAAGAA